UCAUCACAUGCAUCCAUACUGCUGUGUUGUUUAUUCAACGAUAGUUAACUUGAAAAAAACGUCUUUUCAUCAUUCAAUAUCAUUUAAAAGUUUUAUUGUAGUAAAUAGGCUAAUUGACAGUGUAUUCAUACCUGCGACUGAGCUUGAAUGUAAUUUUUUUAUUAAGAUAUAAGAAAAUCAAUCAUCACCAGCACCAUGCCGAAUAAUCUUCUCGAUGUUGAUGACAAUAUCUUGAAAAAUUCACUUCGUUUACCAGGAAUUUCAAAAGAAGAUGAAGAACUGGAUAAUAUUCUUAAAUCUUUAGAACACUCGAAUGUGCCUUCAGUAACAUUCAGACCUGUACCAGGAAUCUGUAUUAAAAUCAAAACUGAUACUGGUGAAAAAAUAUUUAUCAAUCUUUGCCAUACGAACAUGGGUAUUCCACCUCCAGAAGACAUUUCUGAUGAACGUUUUUUUGCCCUUCUAAAUGAAAGUAAUCCUUCUUGGGUAAUUCCUAUGAGUAUUGGAAAUGAAAGAUAUGAAAAGAGUAACGAUGGUACAUCAUGUUCAACGUAUGAUGUAGCAAUCAACUCAGACUUUUUUAAAAAAAUCAUGAACCAAAAGCACUUUUUAACAUUUGUCAUUCUAACAAUAAUCUCAGCUAUCGAAUCUAAAUUUGAUAAAAAUUUAGAUUCUAAUAACUACGUUAUUCUGAAGAACAAAAAAGUUACUGGAACUCUCCAGGACCACAGAGUUGAAAAACGAGAGGUUCGAAAACCUGUGAUGCCUAAACCAUUAAUUGAAGAAUUACCUAGCACCAAGAAGCCUAUAGUACCUGAAAAGCCAUCAUCAGAAAGAAAUUCAUCCGAAACUGUUAAUGAAUCUGAAUACAUUAUAUUAAGGAAACCGAAAGAAGGAGAUCCCGAAAAGUUAAUUGGCUAUUUUAAAUUAACCAAUCAAACUCUUAAAGAUGAUGUUGAAGCUCAUGUUGGUAGUGAUAGAAUAGUUGUAGCUGUAUCCAAAUUUCAUUAUGCUGUUGAUGUUUUUGUGCCUUUUAAAAUCCAACAGGAUCAAGUUACAGCAUCUCUAGAUGAAAAUCUAAAAGUACUGAGAUUGGAUAUGCCAGUGAUUCUAUAACAUAAAGCAGUAACUAUUUUUAUUCACUUUUAUCUUUCAUUUGUUAUUUUUACACAAUUAUUUAUUGCUUUCUUUUCCAUAAAAUAUUAGUAUCAAGUUUAUUGU